CGCCACAAGCCCAGCCCAGUGCAGGGCGCGACGGGGCGGGCGGGCGGCGCUUGGAGCAUUCCGCUGAGCCAGCCGGGCGAGGGAGCGGCGAGCAGACGGGACGGGCGCAGCGCCGACGCUGGAGCGCCAGCCCGCCACACAAAAGCGAUGGCCGAGGCGCGGCGGCGGCAGCAGCAACAGCAGAGGCGGGCGGGCGACAAGUAGCGAAGGGGGCCUGGCUAGGCCCGGGGCGAGGACGGCGGCGGCGACUCGUGCUGUGGACCGAGAGAGGAGCGGGCGCGGCGUCCAGUAUGGGAGGCGGAGGCUGUCCGCAGCCCUCGCUGCUGCUGCUGCUUCUGUUGGGGGUUCUGCUGCUGCUGCGGGCCUCGGCGGGGCCAGUCCCGGGCGAAGUGGACGCCGAGGGCUGGUUACAGUUCUAUGGCUACCUCCCGCAGUCCAACCGCCAGAUGUCCACUCUGCGCUCAGCUCAGACCCUCUCCCUGGCCCUCUCUGAGAUGCAGAGCUUCUAUGGCAUCCCUGUGACAGGCAUCCUGGAUGAAGAGACAAAAGCGUGGAUGAAGCGGCCCCGCUGCGGCGUCGCUGACAAGAUUGGGGCUCAAGUCAAGGCCAACAUGCGGCGGAAGCGCUACGCACUGACUGGGCGGAAGUGGGGCCAGGCUCACGUGAGCUUCAGCAUCCAGAACUACACAGAGAAGUUGGGGCUAUACUACUCUUACGAUGCCGUCCGCCGAGCCUUCCAGGUGUGGGAACGAGUGACGCCCCUCAUCUUCCAGGAGAUCCCAUACGAUGAAAUCCGCCACAAGAGGAGGAAGGAAGCAGACAUCAUGGUGCUCUUUGCCUCUGGAUUUCACGGAGACAGCUCCCCCUUUGAUGGCACCGGGGGCUUUCUGGCGCAUGCGUACUUCCCAGGUCCCGGUAUGGGAGGAGACACACACUUUGACUUGGAUGAGCCCUGGACCCUUGAGAAUGCCGACGUGUCUGGGAACAACCUCUUCCUGGUGGCCGUCCAUGAGCUGGGGCAUUCCUUAGGCCUGGAACAUUCCAACAACCCCAACGCCAUCAUGGCUCCUUUCUAUCAGUGGAUGGACACAGAAAACUUCCAGCUGCCAGAUGACGACCUUCGUGGCAUCCAGCAGCUCUAUGGUCCUCCAGGGGGACAGCCUCAGCCCACCAAACCACUCCCUACUGUGGUACCCAGAAAGCCUGGUCCCAAGCCUCCUAGACCACCCCCUCCUGGCAAACCAGACCAGCCCCCCAGCCCAGGCAACCCAGACCAGUACGGCCCAAACAUCUGUGAUGGGGACUUUGAUACAGUGACGAUGCUCCGUGGGGAGAUGUUUGUGUUCAAGGGUCGCUGGUUUUGGCGGGUUCGUCAUAACCGGGUGCUGGACAACUACCCCAUGCCCAUUGGGCACUUCUGGAGAGGCCUCCCUGGGAACAUCGAUGCUGCAUAUGAGAGGCAAGACGGGCGGUUCGCCUUCUUUAGAGGGGAUCAGUACUGGCUUUUCCGUGAGGCAAAUUUGGAAGCGGGUUACCCACAACCCCUGACCAGCUACGGACAGGGCAUUCCUUACGACAAGAUGGAUGCAGCCAUCUGGUGGGAGCCUACAGGGCACACCUUCUUCUUCAGAGGGGACAGGUACUGGCGCUUUGAUGAGGAGAGCCGUUCUGUGGAUCCAGGAUACCCGAGGAAGAUCAGCGUAUGGGCCGGAAUCCCUCAUGCCCCAAAGGGAGCCUUCUUAAGUUCUGACGCCACCUACACGUACUUCUACAAAGGCAGGAUGUACUGGAAGUUUGACAAUGAGCGGCUGAAAACAGAACCUGGGUACCCCAAAUCGAUCCUCCGGGACUUCAUGGGAUGCCAUGACGAGGUGGCUGCAAACCCUGACCCUGGCCGCAGGUUGCCCGAUGUGGGCAAGCCCCCCUCCCGCCCCGAUGGCCCGGGGCAGGACAAGGAAGAGGAGGUGGUGGUGGACGAGGAAGACAAUGUUGUGGACACUCACCCUGCAGAGGAGGACAAGGAAGCCGAAGCAGAGGACGAUUAUAGUGAUGGCGUGGGAGGCGGCCGGGAGCAGGGUCCUGGCCAUGGCAGCGAUGUGGACAUCGUGGUGCACAUUAACGAUUACCCCCUGACCAUGAGCAUCAUCAUGGUGACGCUGCUGCUCCUGCUCCUGCUCUGCAUCCUGGGCCUCGUCUAUGUCAUCGUGCAGCUGCAGCGGAAGGGCACCCCCCGCAUGCUGCUCUACUGCAAGCGCUCCCUGCAGGACUGGGUCUGAAGCCACAGCUGACCUGGCUGCUGCUGCUGCUGCUGCUGCUUCCGCACCACCUCCAAGCUCCAUCAAGAGCUUUGGAGCACAGGACAGGUGGGGAAACUGACUUGUCUUCCCCCGGGCAACUCUGGAGAAGAAGCUCUUAAAAUCUCUGGGCUUGUCUGGACCACGGCUCCCAGCAGAGUCUUUUCACAGGAAGGUCCCCCAUCCCUACCUCUGUGCCUCAGCCUUGGAGACCCCGCCUCCCCCCAGGCAUGGGCAGGUGGAGGGUGUGUGACUGACCUCCCCUGUUUGAUUGGCCUGCCUGAGUGACGGACAGCCUUUUGGAAAGGGUGCGGCAUGUGGCCUUCUCUUAACCUGUGGGUCUCGUCCCCCACUUUGGGGGUCUACCUAGUGCACGCAUGGCAAUCCAGGCCUGUUUGCGAGGUCUGCAGGAGGGGGCCCUGCUACCCCAAUUUGUGUCUGUGCCACCCCUGCUGUGCAUGUACUCCAGAAACUGUGACCUGAUGCCCCCCCAUUGUGCUACUCAUGCCAGCUUGGGGGUGGAAGAGACAUUUCAUCACCUGCCAGGGCAAGUUGCUGAGUCCUCCCCCCUCCCCAGCCAAGGGGCUGCCCUGUACAGGUUGGUGUGCCCUUGGGUGGCUUCAGGUGUGUUCUCCCUUGGGCUCAGUAACCGACAUCCUGAAAACCUUGACUUUUAUUUUCAAAGGUGCUUCCCCUCCCACCCUGCCUCUUCAUUUGCAGAGCAAAACGUGGGGAACUUUUCUACUGUAAUUGCCAGAGUUACUACUGCUGUGAGGAGGUUGUGCAGGAAUAUUUGAAGAAGGGACUGUUUGGGUGCCCUGUGUGUGUGCAUGUCUGUGUGACUUGUCUCCUUCCCACUAUGUGACUACUGCCCCUUACCUACCUCUCCCCCCACAUUUCCUACUUCUCUUUGUUCCUAUUGCCCUGCUCUUUGCUGCAUAUCUUGGAAGCAGACUCUGCGGGGCGGAAUAGCCUUGAUGCAGACAUAGCCUUGGGGUUUGGGUUCCUGGGCUGCCUUGGAGGCCGUUGGGGGUGUUGAUCUGUAACUGGAUGAGGAGUGACCACGUGGCUUGAUUUCUGAGGCCCCCCUGUAUUACUUUGGAGUAGGCACCUCAAAGGAGGAACCUGAGCUGGUGUGUGGGUAAUUCCUGGGCUUUGGAAGGCUGAGGACCAGUUUGUCCAUGGAAUAUAUCCUCUCUCCUAAGGAAGGUGGAGAUGUACACUCACCUUGCGUGAACUGAGUGCAUGAGACAUACGCACAGGCAGUUCCCCUGAAAAGUUGGCCAUGGAAAUUGCGCAAGUGUGCAUUUUUCCUGAAAGUGGGAGGUGCAAGGAGGAUGGCCUUACUAAACCAAUGCAGGGUUGCAGAACUCUGCUCAAGGCCGUGAGAGAUUUAUGUGGGAGAUCAAUUGGGCACUAGGGCUGCUGUCCUAACAGGUUUUGUUCUCUCCAAAGAGACUCUGCCACCACUCCUUGCGACACAGAUGUAGUUCCCUUGGUCUCUCGAGAUGCACUUCCAAGCAGCCCCAAUGUGUGAGGGGGAGCCUGCCCCCUCCUUCCUCUUCCCUCUUUGGCCACUCCCUUGCCUCAGAGUUUCUGCCCCUGACUACCAACCGCCUUGCGUCGCAACAGGCAAAAGAAGCAAAGUUGCAUUGAUUUACAUAGAUUUCUGUGACUUCCAAGUGCCUUCACGUAGCAUUUUGGGGUGUAUUUCUUUGGACUGUAAAUAGGAAGGGUUCUGUAACCUGUACAUGUUAUACAAAUUAAGAUUGCCUGCUUGUACGAUCA